ACAAAUUCAGUUAGCAUUUCUGAGAUAAAAAAGGAAGUAGGUCUACUCAGAAAUUCUCAGCCUUUGGGGUUUAGAAAAACUAUUAGAAGAAGGGUGCAGAUCUAAAGGUGAGUGAGGUGUAGAACUGGGGAAGGUGACGGUAUCUGGACGGAAGGACCAAGAAGCACUUGCUCAGAGCCUCUUCCAGCACUCAUCAGACACACAGCAGACAUCCCAGGCUUGAAGAAGCUGCUGUCAAGUCACCCUGAUUCAUGGAGACCACGUGUGUGCCAUAGUGUGAAGACUGUUGUUUUCGUGUGCUGUUGAGAUGGUUCCAACUCAUAGAGACCCUAUAUGACAGAGUAGCACUGCCCUUUAGGGUUUCCUAGGCAGUUAUGUGAACCCAGAGUCAGAGAUCCUUGGGUAGACAGAGCACUAGCCCUGGGUGAUGAGAAUCUGACCAAUAUUACCCCAGAAACAUAGCAAGACCAUAGAGUCACUUGGAAGCAUUAUUUGGAUAUAAUAUCUCUGUCCUGGGGAAGUUCAAAGUCUUACUGGAGAGACACUAAAUAUAGAAACAGAUCACCAGGGGUAUUUGAUACAACAGGGCAUAAAAUUCCUAAAUCCUUGGUAUGUGUGAGAGAUGAAUGUAUAGGUUCCUUUGCAUUAGAGAGAAAUAAGUUCAUAUACAAGAAUUUUGGCUUCUAGGUUCUAAGAGAGAAGUAACAGAUUUCUUAAACCACUGUCAACAUCAUAGAUUGAGUAAGCCAUUUGUGAGAAGUUGGGGAAGUGGGGAAUUGUGUCUGAGAGAAGGCAGAGUGUAUGUAAUACCAUCAGUGAAUGAGAAGGACCAGAAGCUGAGGAAAGAGAUUGCUGGUUUGGAAGAACUGAAAUGAGUCAAGAAUAUUUGGGGAUUUGAAAAUAAAAAGGAGAUUCAAGCACCUUUUCUGCUGCUAUGACAACGCUGCAGGGAAUGCAACAGGCCACACCAGGGCCUGGGCCUGGUGUACCCCAGAUUGCACAGCUUGUUAAUCUACACUCAUAUGUGUGGAAAGGAAUGCCAGAGAAGUUCUUGAAGGGAGAACCCAAGGUUCUAGGGGUUGUCCAGAUCCUGAUUGCCGUGAUGAACCUCAGCUUGGGAAUAAUAAUGCUGUGUGUCUUGUUACCUUUUCGUGGAAUAAAUCCCAUUUCAGUAUACGUCGGGUACCCACUGUGGGGGUCAGUGACGUUUCUUGCUUCAGGGUCCUUGUCAAUUGUGGCAGGAAAUAGAACUACAAAAUGCCUGGUUGAAAGUAGCCUAGGAUUGAAUAUUGCCAGUGCAGUGAAUGCCUCCGUGGGGAUCAUAAUCACUUCACUCAGCUUGGCUGUUUUUUCAUCCACCUACUUUGGUUGUAUGAACAGCGGGAUGCCAGGAACUUGUACCAUGAUCAAGUCCAUGUUAAUAGGUAUGGAUGGUCUAGUGCUCACUUUAAGUGUGCUGGAGCUCUGCAUUGCCGUGUCCCUCUCUGCCUUUGGAUGCCAAGUAACCUGUUGUAACCCUAAUUCCGUUGUGUUCAUCAUGCCCUCAAAUCUUCGUGUGGCAGAAACAGAACCUACUGCAUCAUUUCCAGGAGGUUCAAUGCCUCCAACAGAACAGUAGAAAUAUCUCCCAGAAAAUCUAUCCUGACAGUAAUACAAGAACCCCACUUGAGAAAGUACCAGACUCCAACCCUGAUUUUUAAAAAUUGUGUAUUUUAUAAUGAAUUCAGAAUAAUAUUUUCAUUUUUCCCAAGAACGCGAUGACUUCUUUUAUUGGUUCUUUAUCAGAAAAGAAGUUAAAUAAAUAUACCACACAUUUAAUAAGUCGACAACACUUGAAAAUUUUCCAUCCAUCCUUAGGAGUAUGUAAGGGCAUCAAGCUGGCAAACAAGAUUUGGCAGCAGAAGGGCAAAAAGAUAUUGCUGAAAUGGGAUCCCAAGCAUUAUGUAUUUCUGCUUCUCUUGAUAGUAAUAUCCCUACUUGUUAGAUUUUUUUCCUCCCACAUUUGGGGAUACAAGGUGUUCUUGCCUUCAGAAAGUUGAGAUGCAUGUCUUUUUUUUUCUUUCCCUUUUUUCACUCUUUUCCUUUCAUCCCCCCAUACAAAAUACUCAGAAUAGCACAUUUAAUUCUCAUACGUGCGUAAAUAUAACUUGAGUAUAAGCACACAUGGAGUAAAUACCACAUCGUGGAUCAGAUUCACCUUAUAUUUUCUCUCACUCUUCUCCUCCCCUCUCCUCCCCUGCCCUUCCCUCCCCUCUCCUUUCCCCUCCCCUCCCCUCCCCUCCCUUUCCAUCUCCUCUCCUCUUCUCCCUUCCUCUCUCUUCCUUUCCCUUCCCCUGCUGUCCUCUCCUCUUGUCUUCUCUCCUCUCCUCACUCUUCCCCUCCCCACCCUCAUCUCCCUCCUCUAUAUUCCUUGCCCUUCCUCUCCCCUCCAUUUCUUCCUCUUGCCUUCUCCUUCUCCUCCUCUUCCUCCACCUUCUUCUUCUCUUUCUCUCCCUUUCUUUCUGCCCUACAGGGAAGGAUUGUAUCUUACUCAAGUUUGUAUCCCAAGUGCCAUGUAUUAGAUUGUGUCGUACAGGGUAUUUACUCAAUGCUUAUUAAAUAUAUUUUACAUAUUUUAUUUUUUUACAAAACAAAUAAAAUUAGUAGCAAUAAAUUCAUAUGCUACCUGCUUCCCAUUCAGAUGUAAUAUAGUAGAAAGAGAUUAAAUCAGGAAAUCUACCAUGGUGUUAAAGGAUCAUCUUUCUAAUCAGACAACUCUGAGUUUUUAUCUUGAAAAUUCCAUUGCACUUACUUGCUACCUGUGUGCCCAUGGACAUAGCACAAAUACUUUCUCUGCUUCAGUUUCUUCUUUUGUAAAAUAGUAAUAAUAUCACCUGGCUCAUAAAAUUGUGCUAAUAACUUGGUACAAUAUAGGUAGAAAAAUAGUUGUCUGACUGCCAUGCACAGAAGGUCAAAUUUUAUAUAUAUACUUUUGCAUAUACAUGUACAUUUGUGGAUCUAUAUCUAUAUAUAUAUAUAUUAAAUUCAUUAUGGGGCAUGCAUCACUUUAAGCAUAGUGAUAAGCAAGAAGACAAUGUCCUUCCUCUUUUAGGUUAAAAUUUUAAGAGGAAGGGCAGAAAUGAACAUAUUAACAAUUAAUCAAAAUAUUUUCAUAUCUCAAGGAGAUGGAUUGGCACAGUGGCUAAAACAAUGGACUUAAGCAUAACAACGAUUAUGAGGAUGGUGCAGGACCAGGCAGUGCUUCCUCCUGUUGUA